UAGUCUUCCUCGCUCGAUCUCCUUCAUCCCCUUUUCCUUCACCGCCCACCUUGCUUCAGAUAAAAAUAAAAAUAAAAAAAACACACACACACACACACAUGCGUCUGUUAACCCUGUUGCCUCUGCUCGCGGCAACUGUUGCUGCCCAUGGCCUCAUCGAAAAACGCGUCCAACCGGGUGCUCCUCAGCCUGACCCCGUCGAUCUGAAGCCCCUUAUCUGGGGUGAUGUGAACAUCAUCCAGACUACCGAUACUCACGGCUGGUUGUCAGGCAACACCAAGGAGGAGUCGUACUCUGCCGACUUUGGAGAUUUCGCCUCAUUCCUGUUCCAUAUGCGUCAGCAGGCGAAUCAUCGCCGCAAGGAUCUUCUGGUCGUCGACUCUGGUGAUCUGCAUGAUGGAAACGGUUUCUCAGAUGCUACUCCUCUCGAUGGUCAGGACUCGAACCCCAUCUUUGAGAAGAUCAAUUACGAUGUCUUGGCCAUCGGCAACCACGAACUCUAUGUCAACGCCGUUGCUGAGGAUACUUACAAGAAUUUCGCUCCCAAGUGGGGCAGGCGUUAUGUGACCUCGAACGUCUUCUUCAAGGAUGGCCUGACCAACAAAACUGUUCCUCUUGGGAACCUUUACAAUAAGUUUCGCAUGAAGUUUGGAACCCGCGUUAUGAGCUAUGGUUUCCUCUUUAACUUCAACGGCAACGCCAACAACACGGUCGUCGAGGCCGCCAAUGUUACUGUGAGCGCCCCCUGGUUCCAAAAGACUCUCAAGGAGGACGUGGAUCUCUACCUGAUUGCAGGUCAUGUCCCUAUCCGCUGGACCGAGGCAGUGACAGUUGUGAACGCCAUUCGAGCUGCGCAUCCUUCCAAACCCAUUGUCCUGAUGGGUGGGCAUUUACACAUUCGGGACUUUAAGCAAUACGAUGAACGUGCAGUCGGCAUGGCGAGCGGUCGGUUUAUGGAAACCGUCGGUUGGCUCUCGGUCGACGGUGUCCAUGAUCGGACCUGCUACAAGAACGAAACUGUCUGUGUUGGCAAAAACUUGACGGUGACGCGUCGGUAUCUUGACAAUAACGUAUAUACGUUCAAGACUCAUUCUUUGGCUCAUCCAAAGCAAAAGUUUGACACCUGGAGAGGGAGCAAGAUCACAAAGGAGAUUACACAGAUCCGUCAGUCGUUGAAUCUGUCGAACGCGUUGGGUUGUGCGCCGCAGGAUUAUUAUCUAAGCAGGUAUCCGGUGACGGAUACGCGAUCGCUGCUGAACCUGCUGGCAAACGAGGUGUUACCGAUCGGCGUCGUGAAUGCUUCGCGACCAAACCCGGCACAGGUGAUCAUUAACUCGGGUUCGCAACGGUUCGACCUGCUCAAAGGACCUUUUACGAUUGACGACACGUACAUUGUCAGUCCUUUCCACGAUGAUUUUGUCUAUGCUACUCUUCCCUAUAAGGUUGCGAAGAACAUUGUCGGCGAGCUUAACAACGCUCCGAUCCAGAAACGCGCUAUCCCUCCACCUCCUACAAACAAUGUGACACUCACUCCCGGCUACGUCACUAACGACGAUUACGGCUAUGGUGGCGACGAUUGGCCCCACGCACCGAUCCCAUACGUGAACGCGCCCAACUACAUUGCUUCGCCCUUAUCCUCGAGCCUGGGUGACAAUGACCUUGUCGAUGUAAUCUGGCUCUCGUUCUUCUCGAACCUGAUGGGUCCGAUUCUCAAGAAACUGGACUCUACGACGUCUUACACCCCUGUUACGUACCGCAGUGAUAUUAAUACGAACACCAUGUAUCUUAACUUUGUCAAGACUAAGUGGGGUAACAACAAGUGCUAGAUACAUAUUUACAUAUUUCAAAAUAAGACCGAAUAAAAAAGCCAGGAAGAGCAGAGGUUUGCGAAGAACCUUCACCGCCUUCUUCUUGUCAUCCUCUCUUGUG